ACGGUUGAAGCCACUCCGUUCUCCAGACCCUGAAAAAGUAUUUAUUUUGAGUAGAAGGGGCAAAGGUGUGGAUUCCGAAACAGUGAAGGGGCGAACCAGUGGAAGGGGAAGGAGAGAAGCCGUAUUCGUUGGAAGUGGUAGGUUCCAUUUGUGGAGCAAAGCAACACAAAGACCCCGCACAGACACCUUGCGAUUGUUCAAUAACCAGCAUUUGGAAAUGGGAUCCAACGUGGAGCUGGUAUGGCCAGAGUCAGAGGCAUAUUCGUCACGGGUGAACAACUGCUCACAUGCAAAUUCAUCUCUAGCUGCAAUUCGAGUGAAGUUGAGUGCGGAACAAUUAGAACAAUUCAAGACAUCAUGCUUUGGCCAUCUUCUGAAUAUAGAUAAGAUUCAGUUUAGCGGGCAGAUUGUGCAUGGGGUUGUGUUGCGUAGAGUAGCGGGGCAGGGUGUGAAAGACUUGGAUGGACUGAGUUUCUUAAUAGGGUGUGACGUUGCUCAGUUCACUCGUCAGGAUUUCUGUUUGAUCACAGGCUUCGUUUUGGGGAAGUGCCUGAAGUUUCCAGUGGAGAGAGUGAUGAAAUUAGACUUCAGAAAAGAUAUUUUAUAGACGAAGGAAUUACAUGUAAUGCCUUAGAAGAAGCAUUUCUGAGGUGCACAGAGGAAGAUGACAUCUACAAGCUAGCUCUUGUUUACUUUGCUGAGUUAGUGGUUUUGGGAAGGGACAAACAUUUGAACAUCAAUCUAAAUUACCUGACCCUUGUAGAGGACUUGGA